AUGAAAUAAUAAGAAGCAUUCUUUCAAGAGGAAUCAUGUUAGAUACAAAAAGAAGAGACAAAUGGUAUCCUUGAAGUAGAAAAUGACCAACCAUUUAAGCCACAUUUUGGAAAUACCUUUAUGUUUAAAUUUUCUGAUGGUCAACCAUAAAUAACGAUAGGUCCUCACUGGCCUUUGAGUCUAUGUGUGAUGGUUUCUAUAAUAGUGGGAACGUAUUUUAUUAGUACUACUAUAUACCUCAAAUCUGGUAUCUGGGCUAGUUUAGCAUCUAUACUCAGUGGCUUAAUAUUGGAAGUAAGUUUUCUAAGAGUUUUUCUAAAAAACCCUGGAGUCAAUUUUACAUUAACAGAAGUUACAAGAACUGAGAAAUCAUGUUAACCAUGCAAACUCAAAAAAGAAUUAGGAACCCAUCAUUGUUAUGAAUGUGACAUUUGUGUUAGAGGUUAUGAUCAUCAUUGUCCUUGGGUGGGAAAAUGCAUCGGCGAAGGCAAUAUAAUAGAAUUUUAACUGUUUCUGCUUUCAUUUCUACUAUUUUUUGUUUGCAAUAUAUUUUUAGUCCUAAUGUGA